CCUCUCAGGCCGCCACCUACACGCUUUCUCUCUCCUCUCUCUCUCUCUCUCUCUCUCUCUCCCCCCCUCUGUAUUUUCCAUUGGAACUGAUCUUCUUCUUCUUCUUCUUCUUCUUCCUCUCCUAAUUUUGCAACCCCAUCGGUGAAUCAGAGUCCCCCUCCUUCGAUUUCGCUCUUCACCCAAUUCAGGGGGUGUUGUGUUCUUUAAGCACCGAUCCCCCGGUGCUCUCUCCUUUGGUUCUUGCUCCUCGGUAAGAAUCCUCCCCGUUUGUCUUGACUUCUGUCUCCCCCCUUUUUGUCUGUUUUGGUUUUCCUCCAUUUCUUCCAUCUGGGGGGUCGCCUAAUCCUGCGAAUGCCGAUGAUUCUCUGAGGGUUGUCCCCGGUUCGUGUCUUUUCCCGUUUCGAGUUUGCAGCUUUUCGGUCUCUUAGUCCCGAUCAUCUGAAGCUCAGAUCAGAUGGUUGCUGUCGGCGAAGCCAUGGCCGAAUCUUUGUGAUUUCUGUAGGGUAAGGGUAAGGAACUUUCAGCUUUUCCGAUUCGAUCUUACAGCUGGAAACUUUGAUUGUAUUUGUUUCUGUAUAGUCGAAAUUGUGUAAAAAAAGAAAAAGAAUUAGAGAAUGUCGUCGGCCGGUGUUGCUGUUAGUUUUGUCCCCCAGGAUUCCAUCUGGUCCCCCGAGUUUGGCCGCCUUCACUUGAGUCCACCCCCUGAUGAGUCGAUAUUGAUCUAUGUGGCCCUUCCGGGUUCUAUGAUUCCUUUGCGUGUGUUGGAAUCCGACUCGAUCGAGGCGGUCAAGCUAAGGAUCCAGACCUGUAAAGGGUUCUUUGUAAAAAGUCAAAAGCUCGUCUGCGGAGGCCGUGAACUCUCGCGGAACAAUUCUCUAGUUAGGGACUAUGAUGUUUCGGAUGGCGAUGUGCUCCAUUUGGUCCUUAGGCUGUCCGACCUCCAGGUCAUCCAGGUGAGGACUUCGUGUGGGAAGGAAUUCACUUUCCAUGUGGAACGGAGCAGGGAUGUUGGCUAUGUGAAGCACCAGGUUGCUAGGAAGGCUAGAGGUUUAGUUGAUCCCGAUGAGCAAGAAGUCGUCUGUAAUGGAGAGAGGCUCGAAGAUCAGAGGCUCAUAGAUGAUAUCAGUAAACAAAAUGGUGCAGUUAUACAUCUCUUGGUCAGGAAGUCUGCCAAGGUGAGGGCCAGGCCUGUCGAGAAAAAUUAUGAACUGUCCAUUGUGGCAUCAGAAUCGAAUGGUAGGAGGAGUAAUGAUGUCAACAAGGAGACUGGGCAAAGGAAAUAUGACUCCGGGGAAGAAACUCGCAACACAGGGGAUGAAGUCGAUGGAGAAACCUUCCACCGGGCACCUCUGGCGAGAGAUUUUUGGUUGGACCCUAUCGUGGUCAAUCCGAAGGUUGAACUUUCUUCUGUUGUUUGGGAUAUGAUAGACUUGAUCCAUGAGGGGUUUGACGCUGGGAGGGGGCCCAUGAGAUCCAUGGAGGGUACAGGAGGAGCUUAUUUCAUGCAGGAUUCUCAUGGGCGUUAUGUUUCUGUCUUUAAGCCACUUGAUGAGGAGCCCAUGGCAGUGAAUAACCCUCAGGGGCUACCAUUGUCUGUAGAUGGUGAAGGACUUAAGAAGGGCACUAGAGUUGGAGAAGGAGCUUUCAGAGAAGUUGCCGCUUACCUGUUGGACCAUCCGAAGAAAGGCCACCGCUACCUCUUUGGUGAUGGGGAAGGCUUUGCUGGAGUUCCUCCUACUGUAAUGAUCAAGUGCUUGCACCCUGGGUUUAACCAUCCAGGAGAAGUGAAUGUCAAGAUUGGAUCUUUACAGAUGUUCACGGAGAACCAAGGAAGCUGCGAGGACAUUGGUCCCGGGUCUUUCCCUGUGGAUGAAGUGCACAAAAUCUCUGUGUUGGACAUAAGAUUGGCAAAUGCUGAUAGGCAUGCUGGCAAUAUUCUCUUGGGUGAAGGACGGGUGCUGAUCCCAAUCGAUCAUGGGUACUGCUUGCCUGAAAGUUUUGAAGACUGUACCUUUGAUUGGCUGUACUGGCCACAAGCUCGCCAGCCCUAUUCAAGAGAGACCAUUGAAUACAUCAAAGCAUUGGAUGCUGAAGAAGACAUUGCCUUAUUGAAGUUCCAUGGUUGGGAUCUUCCAAUCAAAUGUGCCCGUACCCUCCACAUAUCGACCAUGCUGCUGAAGAAAGGUGUGGAGAGAGGGCUGACCCCAUUCGCGAUUGGAAACAUCAUGUGCCGAGAAACACUGACUAAGAAUUCCGUAAUCGAGGAGAUUGUGGAGGAGGCAGAAGGUUCAUUGCUCCCCGGAUCAAGCGAAGCUGCAUUCUUUGAGGCUGUGUCACAGAUAAUGGAUUGCCGCCUCAAUGAGAUUGCUGCAAAGGUACAUUAGACAAGUAAAUGGUUAGAAACCAUGUCGUCAGUACAUAAUAUCAGCAUACCGCAAUGUGUAUGGUAGGACAACAGGGUCCCCUCUUGUUUGUAAGUUCAAAUUGAAGAGGGUUAUUGCUCCCUUUUAUUCGGUGUUUCAUUGAUUUCUUCUCUCUAACUUUCAAGUACAGAAUAUUCUUUGGCCUGAGCUUUCGUCUCAGGCGCUGACUUGCUGCUAAUAAGCAUUCCUUAUGACAAUUUGUUUGUGUCCUUUCAUUCAUGGAUGAGUUUCUUUGUUUA